AUGGAUGAGGAAAAUAUUCAAACGCAGAUUUCAGAAGAGUUGGACAGCGCGAUAAGAACUGAAACAAUUGAAAGUUAUUAUGAUUAUGAAAGCAGUGAAGUCUAUAGCGAUGAAUUUGUUAGUGAAGAAAAUGAAGAAAGUAAAAAAAGUUAUGAAAGUUAUGAAAGUGAAGAAUAUAAAAGCGAUUUUGAUUUUACUGAGAGUGAAGCUAAAAGAAGAGAAAUAAUUGAAAAAAAGAUUGGGAUGCUCAAGAAGAUAAAAUUAUUAGAAAAUAGGAAGCCUAAAAAGUAUAACCCGAAAAUGAAAAUAUUGAAACAAAAAAUCGAAUUUCUGAAGCUAGAUAACCCAAAAAUAAAAAAAGAGUACAGCUUAGCUGUUGACCCAGGACUUGUAUCAAAGCUAAACUUUAUAAACAUUAUGAGCAGAACUAAAAUCGAUUCUGAUUCAUCUAAAUUAGAAAAAGAAAACGAACUUCUUUCUAAAAAGCAAGAAGAAGUCAGGCUAUCCCAAUUUAUUAAUAGACAGUAUAAUAAACUCACAAAUAAGUUAGCAAUUUAA